ACACACGUUAAUCAGCGGCGGUGGAUUCACCUAUACACUGUAUCCAUAUAUAUAAAAGUAGCACGAGACCCAAACAUUAUUGUCAAAAAUAAGAAAGAAAGAAAAAAAAAUGGGUAUCCAAGAAACAGACCCGUUAGCCCAAAAAGCAGCUGGUUACGAUUUCUCUCUUCAGCUCAUCGCCGAAAUCGAUCUUUACAAGUUUGAUCCAUGGGUUUUACCAAAUAAGGCAUUAUUUGGAGAAAAGGAAUGUAACGGAAGCACUAAGUUGGAUGAUUGGGUUCUAUGUCGAAUAUACAAAAAGCAAUCAAGUGCACAAAAACAAGUUUACGAAAAUGUUAUCACGAGUGGUAGAGAAUUCAGCAACAAUGGUACUUCGUCAACGACAUCGUCUUCUUCUCACUUUGAAGACGUUCUUGAUUCGUUUCAACAUGAGAACGACAACAGGAAUUUCCAGUUUUCUAACCCAAACCGGUUCUCCUCGCUCAGACCGGACUUAACCGAACAGAAAACCGGGUUCAACGGUCUUGCGGAUACUUCCAACUUCGAUUGGGGUAGUUUUGCCGGAAAUGUUGAGCAUAAUAAUUACUCGGUACCGGAACUCGGACUGAGUCAUGUUGUUCCUAAUCUCGAGUACAAUUGUAGCUACCUUAAGACGGAGGAGGAAGUCGAGAGCAGUCACGGGUUUAACAAUUCGGGCGAGUUGGCUCAAAAGGGUUAUGGUGUUGACUCGGUCGGGUUUGGGUAUUCGGGGCAAGUUGGUGGGUUCGGGUUUAUGUGAAGUACAAAUAAGUCGUUAAUUUUUGUCCCGUGGCAAAUCUUAUGUAUUUGGAUUUUAAUUCUUUUGUGUUUAGAGGCAGAUUCAUAGAUUUAAAUGUAGUAGAUUUGUAAUCUAUCAUGCCUAGAAAAUUUGACCAAUAGAUUUUGUAACUUUUGUUUGUUGUUACUUGUUGUUGAUCUUUUGUAUUGGUAGAAAUUAAGUGAAUUGAAAUUG